CCCCGCGCCGCCCAGGCCGUGACCGGGCGGGGGGCGGCUGCACUAGCGCCCGCAGCCGGGGGCUCGCGGUGCCCGGAGCGGCAACCAUGGACUGCAGCCUACUGAGGACGCUCGUGCGCAGAUACUGUGCAGGAGAAGAGAACUGGGUGGACAGUCGGACCAUCUACGUGGGACACAAGGAGCCCCCUCCAGGGGCAGAGGCCUACAUUCCACAGAGAUACCCCGACAACAGAAUCGUCUCCUCCAAGUACACAUUUUGGAACUUCAUACCCAAGAACCUCUUUGAACAGUUCAGAAGAAUAGCCAACUUUUAUUUUCUCAUCAUCUUCCUGGUGCAGUUGAUCAUCGACACACCCACAAGUCCAGUGACGAGCGGGCUCCCUCUCUUCUUCGUCAUCACUGUUACAGCCAUCAAGCAGGGUUAUGAAGACUGGCUUCGUCACAAGGCGGACAAUGCCAUGAACCAGUGUCCCGUGCACUUCAUUCAGCAUGGCAAGCUGGUCCGGAAGCAGAGUCGGAAGCUGAGAGUUGGGGACAUUGUCAUGGUGAAGGAAGAUGAGACCUUUCCCUGUGACCUGAUCUUUCUCUCCAGCAACCGGGCAGAUGGGACCUGCCAUGUCACCACCGCCAGCUUAGAUGGAGAGUCGAGCCAUAAAACUCACUACGCAGUACAGGACACCAAGGGCUUCCACACAGAGGAAGAUGUGGACGGAUUGCACGCCACCAUCGAGUGUGAACAGCCACAGCCCGACCUCUACAAGUUUGUGGGGCGCAUCAAUGUUUACAACGAUCUGAACGACCCUGUGGUAAGGCCAUUAGGAUCAGAAAACCUGCUUCUCAGAGGCGCCACACUCAAAAACACAGAGAAGAUCUUUGGUGUGGCUAUCUACACAGGCAUGGAGACCAAGAUGGCUCUGAACUAUCAGUCCAAGUCCCAAAAGAGAUCUGCUGUGGAAAAGUCAAUGAAUACAUUCCUGAUCGUGUACCUCUGCAUCCUGGUGAGCAAGGCCCUGAUCAACACGGUGCUGAAGUACGUGUGGCAGAGUGAGCCCUUCCGAGAUGAGCCAUGGUACAACCAGAAGACUGAGUCCGAGCGCCAGAGGAAUCUGUUUCUCAGGGCCUUCACCGACUUCCUGGCCUUCAUGGUCCUCUUCAAUUACAUCAUCCCGGUGUCCAUGUAUGUCACAGUGGAGAUGCAGAAGUUCCUUGGCUCCUACUUCAUCACCUGGGAUGAAGACAUGUUUGAUGAGGAAAUGGGGGAAGGGCCUCUGGUUAACACGUCUGAUCUAAACGAGGAGUUGGGACAGGUGGAGUACAUCUUCACGGACAAGACGGGCACCCUUACAGAGAACAACAUGGCCUUCAAGGAGUGCUGCAUUGAGGGCCACGUCUACGUACCUCAUGUUAUCUGCAACGGGCAGGUCCUUCCCGACUCUUCUGGCAUCGAUAUGAUUGAUUCUUCCCCAGGUGUCAGUGGAAGGGAGCGGGAGGAGCUGUUUUUCAGGGCUCUCUGCCUGUGCCACACCGUCCAGGUGAAGGAUGACGAUCCUGGGGACGAUGUCGAUGGUCCCCAGAAAUCUCCAGACUCAAAGUCCUGUGUGUAUAUAUCGUCCUCGCCUGAUGAGAUUGCCCUGGUUGAAGGUGUGCAGAGGCUUGGUUUCACGUACCUGAGACUGAAGGACAGUCACAUGGAAAUACUGAACAGGGAGAACGACAUUGAGAGAUUUGAAUUGCUGGAAGUCCUCAGUUUUGACUCUGUGCGGAGAAGAAUGAGUGUGAUCGUAAAAUCUGCCACAGGAGAAAUUUACUUGUUUUGCAAAGGAGCAGAUUCUUCAAUAUUUCCCCGGGUCAUAGAAGGCAAAGUGGACCAGGUCCGGUCCAGAGUCGAGCGCAAUGCAGUGGAAGGUCUGCGGACCCUGUGUGUUGCCUACAAGCGGCUUGAGCCAGAAGAAUAUGAGGAUGUUUGCAGACUGCUGCAGACCGCCAAGGUUGCGCUUCAAGAUCGGGAGAAGAAGUUAGCAGAAGCCUACGAGCAGAUCGAGAAGGACCUGAUUCUGCUUGGUGCUACAGCUGUCGAGGACCGGCUCCAAGAGAAAGCCGCAGACACAAUCGAGGCCCUGCAGAAGGCGGGCAUCAAGGUGUGGGUGCUCACUGGAGACAAGAUGGAGACAGCCUCAGCCACCUGCUAUGCCUGCAAGCUGUUCCGCAGGAGCACACAGCUGCUGGAGCUGACCACCAAAAGGCUAGAGGAGCAGAGCCUGCACGAUGUCCUCUUUGAGCUGAGCAAGACAGUCCUGCGCUGCAGCGGAAGCCUGACCAGAGACUCCUUCUCGGGACUUUCGACAGAUAUGCAUGAUUAUGGUUUAAUCAUCGACGGAGCUGCGCUGUCCUUGAUAAUGAAGCCCCGGGAGGAUGGGAGCUCCUCAGGCAACUACCGAGAGCUCUUCCUGGAGAUCUGCAGGAACUGCAGUGCCGUGCUGUGCUGCCGGAUGGCCCCCUUGCAGAAGGCGCAGAUUGUUAAGUUAAUCAAAUUUUCAAAGGAGCACCCUAUCACCUUAGCAAUUGGUGACGGUGCCAAUGAUGUCAGCAUGAUCCUGGAGGCCCACGUGGGCAUAGGCGUCAUCGGGAAGGAGGGUCGCCAAGCUGCAAGGAACAGCGACUACGCAAUACCCAAGUUUAAGCACUUGAAGAAGAUGCUUCUUGUCCACGGGCACUUGUAUUACAUCAGGAUAUCUGAGCUCGUGCAGUACUUCUUUUACAAGAAUGUCUGCUUCAUCUUCCCCCAGUUUUUGUACCAGUUCUUCUGCGGGUUUUCACAGCAGACUUUGUACGAUACUGCGUAUCUGACUCUCUACAACAUCAGCUUCACCUCCCUCCCGAUUCUCCUGUACAGCCUCAUGGAACAGCACGUGGGCAUUGAAGUGCUUAAGAGAGACCCAUCCCUGUACAGAGAUAUCGCCAAGAACGCACUGCUCCGCUGGCGGGUGUUCAUUUACUGGACGUUUCUCGGCGUAUUUGACGCGUUGGUAUUUUUCUUUGGUGCUUAUUUCAUGUUUGAAAACACAACCGUGACCAGCAAUGGACAGAUGUUUGGGAACUGGACCUUCGGGACACUGGUGUUCACCGUUAUGGUGAUCACUGUCACACUGAAGCUUGCACUGGACACGCAUUACUGGACUUGGAUAAACCACUUUGUCAUCUGGGGGUCACUGCUCUUCUACAUCGUCUUCUCCCUGCUCUGGGGAGGGAUUAUCUGGCCAUUCCUCAGUUAUCAGCGGAUGUACUACGUGUUCCUGCACAUGCUGUCCAGCGGGCCUGCCUGGCUGGGCAUCACACUGCUUGUCACUGUCAGCCUCCUCCCUGAUGUCCUCAAGAAGGUCCUGUGCAGGCAGCUGUGGCCCACGGCGACGGAGAGGACUCAGGCCAGGAACAAGUGCCUUUCUGUUGAGCAACCCACCGUCUUUAUGCUUUCCCAGACCGCCAGUGGUCUGAGUUUCUGACCAACAGGUGACCAUCUCUGCCUUCUUGCAUGCUGGGGUGAUGGCCACAGGACCAGGUGGGAAGAGCUUAGUGUCGAGGCCACCCAGUGCACUCCCUGAUACUGUCAUCCAUCACAAUUACCUCGUCAGGUGACGCGGACAGUGCCCCACCCGUGAGGGGUGCACUAAUGAUGGCCUUUGUCAUCCUUCAGCAGAGGCUCACAGCAGCUCUCUCUGUCCGCUAGAGGGUCCAGAACCUUCACCAUUGCUUGACGCUGGUGGCUCAGCCCCUAAGCACCUGACAGUCAGGCAGGUCACACACACCGUCCAGCUUGAGCAAGGUGACCUUAGCAUGGCCCUGUUCUCCCAGCAUACCCACCUCUGGGGUCCCACUCUUUAGUGUGGAAACUGAAGCUGACCAGGAAAGAGUGUUUUACGCAAGACCCUUGAGUACAUUGUGAGGUGGAGUCACACUCCCCCGGCCUCUACUUACCAGAUUCCUGUUCUACUUUUCAAAACAAAAACCUGUUUUUAGAAAAACCCUUUGAUAUGCUGCUUUUAGUGAUCACCGUGGCAGCACAGAUCUCCCCAGGGCCCUAGGGUCCCUAGGUGGCUGCUGUAGCCAGUACCUGCUCCUCACAGCCAAGGAGUCAGAAGCAGACAGCAGCAUCACAUAGUGCUGUGACAUUUGGCUGAAUUUUCCUGUACCCAAAUAUGACAGCUGCAUGUGCUCCAUCGGUGAGGCCUGGAGGAUUACCUGCAUGGGGUUCCUGCCUCACCGGGGCUUGUGCCUAAGAGACACCCAAAGCAGAAAAAAAGCAGUUACCGUCUAUAUACCUUAAACACCAUAUUUAACAAGAUGAGACAUUUUGAAACAAUGGCAACCAAAAAUGUUUCUAACUUCAUGUCAUAAAAUCCCUUAGACCAAAUUACAUCAUUCCAGCUGCUGUUUACACUCUUGAAAACAUUUUGGAGGGGAUUUUUAGGAAGACUAAAAUGUCACAAGGACUUUGUAAAACAUUACAUAUGGCAACUCAGGCCGCAAACACUGUUCCCUGUUGACGAAGCUUCCUAAGCAUUGAGUUUCUUGGACCUGUGCAAAAAUAGACUCCAACUGCUGGAGAGGUGGCACUGUGGUCCUGUCUCCUAUGGCUUGAACUGAGCCCCCAAGCAUCAUAGCAGACCACACAGGCCCUGCCACCGCACUUCAGACCCAGCAGACAGACACACUGUGCUGCACAGUCUCAGUGGGCCUGAUUUGACUUCAGACAUCUGGGUUUCACUUUUAUCCUGUUCCUGGUACAAGGCAAGCGUGACGGACACUGGGCAUGUUAUAUAUCAAGCUUGUAUAUAUAACAUUGUGCGUGUCUUCGCACCAGUCUCUGCGUCCACACACUUGCAGCCUGCCUGCCCGCCCAUCCCUGUGCCUAUGUGGGCAACAGCGCCAUCCUCUGGCUACUUCUCCUACUGGACACUUGCCAGUUCCACCUGCUCUUCUGCCAUCCAGCCUUCUACUCCUUCAACUCUGAAAGCUCCCUCAUUCCUCGGCACUGCGAAGCUGGUGAAUGAGGACUGGGAAGUGCUUAAAAGCUGUACCACGCCAGGCCAGGAGCCAGCGGCCUUCAGGACAUGGCCUGUGAAUGUCCUGUCUGCCAGGCAGGUUGUGUGGAAACCACUGCUCACAUACCAGUGGCUGCAGAGGAGGCGGCACUCGGGUGCCCGUGGCAGGAUGGAGAGCUUUGCAAUUCUGGACGCAACCUCUGCUGGGAGCAGGAACUUGUUAGGACCUUGCAACUGGUGGCCCUCUCCCGUGGUGCUGCAACUUGCCCUUUGACCUUGCCACUUCUUCCUUGGGUGCAGACUUCUUCAAAUGAACCUGUUCAGAGCCAUCUGUUCCCCUAGAGGAAGCUUUGUACACCUUUGUGGACAGGCAGUCCCUGAAGCCAGCUCUGGCCACCUUGAUGGCGUCAUGACUGCAAGCAGAGCUCAUGGUCUGCUGUGGUUGAGAGUGUGGGGAUGGCCCAAGUCAGUGUAAAUGUGGCCUUGAAUCUGCAGUAGCCAGGGCACAGGUCCUGGCCUCCUACGCUGGCCUCCUUGCAGGCAGCAGCUCAGUGUCUUUCCUCGCCCUUGCAGAAGAGCACCCGACUCAAAGCAUCAGCCGAUGCCACUUCAAGCCGCGACAGGCCCCUGCUGAAGGAGUUCUUACCGCAGCCAAGACGUGUCUAGCCCAACGCUAGGUAACGGUAUGGCUGCCUGCUGGGCACUGGGCCGGUGUGCUGUGGUUCUCAGACUGUCUGCUCCUCCUCCAAAGUUUUGCUGUGUUGUCCCCUCCACCCUCCUUUUUUUAAAAAAUAAGAGUGAUUUAUUCUGAAAACAAACUACCAUUUUUGCACAUACACACUGACACACAGACACACACAGGUAAGUGGCACACUUGACAGUGAGCUAAGCACAUAGGGAAAAAGUUAUACACGUGUGUAUGCACAUGCAAAUGACAUGUGACCAAUAUGCCAUGUCCUUGUGAUAGACACAGCUUCACUUAAAGUCUCCUUGGGAUAAUCCUGUCUUGAAUUGGAAGUAAGGUUUCACACGGCUGCACUGGGCACAGCCCAGUCCGUGUCCAGCUGCAACUGUCAGCUGAGCCCACAGCUGUAGUCAUAGUGCUCACCUGAAGGUAGUGUGAUCCGGGGAUUGUCAACCUGAGAGAGAUCUGCGCUGCGCAGCCUCUCGCCCUGCCCUCCUGGCUGCCCGCUGUUCUUUGUGCAUGCUGUGGCUUUCCAUAAGAGGCAGCACCAGCUACUGCUGUCUGGUAACUGUAGGCCGCCAAGGGCAUGAUAGCUUGUUGUUGUCAGCAUGACACUGACCCCAGUCCCUGGCAGGCUAGGACAUACUAACCUGCACAGGUGAGUCCCGUCUUCUUCCUGGGGUAAUGGCUAACACCCUAGUUCAGGGAUCUCUGGGGACUUUGAUAACCACACAUGCCUGUGGUCACAGGGAAGAGGCUCAAUGAGUUUAGCACUUUGUCCCGCUGCCCUCCUAGGUUGUCCCUGGCAUGUGGGAUGGCCCUUCUGUUGGCACUCAGACAAAGGGUGUUUGUUCCCAGACCUGAAGGCGAAUUGCCUGCAGGCACAGUUCGCAUGAGAUGGCCCCUCACCUGCCCCUUGGGGUUACCUAGUGGUCCCAGGUAGGCUGGUAAGGCUCAAGCCGCAUCAGCAGCUAGGGCUUCCUCAGAGGUUCUGGGACUGAUGAUGGGUCUUCUGUUCUUUUGGCAGAACAUACAACUGCGGGACAGCGUUUCAGAAUUCACCCCUCUGACCUCUUUGCAGAGCUGGGGUGCUCGGGGCACCAGACCCGUGGCUGCCCAGUGCAGCUCCCCCUCUGGGAGAGUAGUGUGCUCGAGGUGGGAGAGCGAAGA